AUGUCAUAUUUGACGCCUCCAAUCACAGUCGCGGGGCUCAAUCAGGGCGCAGGUGGCCAAAACUUUAUCCUAGACACACCUACGUCGCAGCUUCCCCCGGCUGAGGGAAUUGAGAUGUCGUUAAAGAAAAAGAACAACAUUUGCAAGUCUUUCGAGGACGAUUUAUUUUUCUGUCCUCGAGGGCUUUUGUCAUCUCAAGAGCUCUCGACCUGCCAGAAGAUGGAUUUGUUUUUUCUGGAUCAGAUGCGGGAAGUAAAUGGAGGCAACUCACAAGGGACCAACUUGUUGAAUAGCUUGGACGCACAGCCUAAGAAAUUUAACCCUUAUACCUCACAGAGCUUCAGUCCUGCCCCACCUCCCUUUGAACAUCAGUCGCAUCUGCAAGACGCCAAUGGGAUCUAG